GCGUAGCGUGUCGAACAAUUAAUCCACUGUGAUCGACGAACGAUACUGGGUGUCACUCGGCGGUAAAUCCCUCUCGGUGAAUCGGCAUUGUUCUUGUCGCUACCUGGCAGCCAUCUUACUGGCUAUCCCCAACCCGCCAAAUACUUAUCUGCCCGGCGCAUAAAAGGUCGUAAGUCCCAGGCGGCCGAGCAACUGUAGCGAUUGCGCGAACCCCGUGGUAGUGUCGAUGCCGGCGAAGGUGUAAACGGAGCUCGCGAGUGAUACCAGUCGACAACGGCGUUACGUCGUUAGUGGUUCGAGGCCUGAAAUCGGCGAAGUGGCGAACAACACCGACUCGACUCCAGGCCCUCAGCGAGUCGAGCUCGACGAAUUUCUAUAAAUGUCAACCAAAAAUAAAAAUCAGAACAAAAUGCAAUCCAAACGCCACAUAUUGAGUACAGUUCAUCGAUUACUUGAACUCAUAUUAAGGCAAAUUUAUUUGUUUUUCGCAUUUCUGACGGGUCCUGCUCAACAACAACCACCUAUCAAGGAUUUGGUUCUGUUAAAUAGUGCAACAGCUUUAGCUUGUAAAAUUCGAAAUAAGCAGCUGACUUCAGAAAGUGUAAUACAGUCGUAUAUAGAUAGGAUAAAAGAAAUUCAACCAGUGUUAAAUUGCGUAGUAGAGGAUCGUUUUGAAAAUGCACUGAAAGAAGCAAAAAAAUGCGAUGAACUCUUAGCAUCUGAGAAUGCUCCAUCUCCACAAGUAUUAGCAGAACAGAAGCCUUUCUUUGGAGUGCCUUUCACUACAAAGGACUGUAUAGGAAUUGCCAACAUGAAACAAACAGCUGGUCUGGUUGCUCGCAAAAAUGCUGUUGCUGAAAAAGAUGCUGAAGUAAUAAGACUGAUGAGGGCUGCAGGGGCAAUUCCCCUUGCUACAACAAAUGUUUCAGAAUUAGCAAUGUGGUGGGAAACUAAUAACUGUUUAUAUGGCAUCACAAAAAAUCCUUACAAUACUAGAUACAUUGUUGGAGGAUCAUCAGGAGGUGAAGGCUGUAUACAAGCAGCAGCUGGUUCACCAUUGGGAAUAGGAUCAGAUAUUGGUGGUUCCAUUCGCAUGCCAUGUUUUUUCAAUGGAAUCUUUGGACAUAAACCUUCUAAAAAUAUUGUUUCAAAUGAUGGUCAGUAUCCAAGUACUCACAGUGAAGACCAAGACAAGUUGCUUGCAAUUGGCCCUAUGUGUAGAUAUGCACAAGAUCUGAAACCCAUACUGAAAGUUCUUGCAAACGAGAAUGCAAAAUUAUUACAUUUGAAUGAGAAUGUAGAUAUUUCAAAACUUAAGUUCUAUUAUAUGGAAGAUGACGGCGGUCAAUACUUAACGUCUCCAGUAGAUCUGGAAAUAAAGAAAGCCAUAAGGGAGGUAAUCCGUUACCUUGAAAUAGCGCAUAAAAUUAAAGCGACCAAACUCAAUAUUAAGAAACUUAAAAAGAGCAUCAAUCUGUGGACGGCAAACAUGUCUUGCAAGGAUGAAAGGGACUUCGCGUAUGAAUUGACUAACCGAACUGGUCGCAUUAAUAUUUGCUGGGAAUUUUUAAAAUGGAUAACGUUCACAAGCAAUCACACGUUAAUAGCUCUGUUCACUGCCAUGUUUGAAAGGUUCAUGGUGAAAUACGGAACCGAGAAACAUACGAAAUUGAUCGAAGAAAGUAAGGAUCUUUCUAAGGAAUUUCAGGACAUCUUGGGAGAAGACGGUGUAUUUUUCUACCCAACGCAUCCAACGGCAGCACCGAUGCAUUUCGAGCCGCUUAUCAAGCCGUUCAAUUUUUCAUAUACUGCAAUUUUUAACGUGCUAGGUUUACCUGUCACUAACUGCCCUUUAGGAUUAAAUUCUCAAGGCCUUCCUAUUGGUAUUCAGAUCAUUGGUGGUUUAAAUCAAGACCAUCUAACGAUAGCUGUGGCUGAAGUAUUGGAACGACGUUUUGGAGGAUGGGUAUCUCCUGCAAUACUAGCUUGAAUUUUAUGUCUUACAGACAAUGAUACUGUUGGAAAACUAUUACGACACCCAAUUAUCGUUAUUUUCCUGUACAAGACAAUUUACAUCUGAUAAUUUCGUGUCGGAAAAAAAUCAGUAAGGUACAGUACAAACUUCGGUAUUGAAAAAAUAGGUAUCUGCGCCUCAAUGAUUUCUGUUGAAUAUAUUUGUGAAUAUACAGAGAGAGGGAAAAAAAAGUACAUCAAGAAUGUGGAUGUAAAAAGCACAGUAAUGUUUUGGAGCCAGUAUAUAUUUGAACGUAGACAUUGAUAUAAAAAGUUAUAGUACAUUUAUUUUCACAUUCUGACUGUACCAACACUGUCGUCCCUCGCUUUAAAUAAUAUAAGAAGUAUUUGUAUUACGAUUGGUUGUAUAAUCGACCAUAAAUUGCAUUUUGUCAAGCACGAUACCGUAGUCGUAUCAAAUUAUAAUUCGAAGUAAGAUUUCGAACAAGAAAUCGGAUAUAGUUUUAAUAAUUUCGUAUACAUAUUAUAUUUAUACUUAUAUUUAUAUUUAUAUUUAUAAAUUAAAGUCGAAUGAUUUUUUUUCUGGAACUAAAAUCAGUAUCCACGAGAUGUAAUAACAUUUGCAUAAAAGCAAAUUGUUGCAUUACAUUUAAUUCUCGUUUUUUAUAUACCUCAUCAUAGAUCUCUAUUAGAGUUUUCUAUUUUCAUACAAAUCGAAAGAAAGGAGUAAAGUGUAUGGGUGGUGUAUGUACGUAUGAAAGAA